AUGUCUCUCAGCUCGUACAUAAACAAAAAGAUCCUCGUCAUAACAGUCGACGGCCGAACACUACUGGGCACGCUCCUCUCCACGGACCAGCUGACCAACCUCGUCCUCUCGCAGACGGUCGAGCGCAUCAUCCGCACCCCGGACGACCCGGAGCCCAGCUCCGAGAUCGAGCAUGGCUUGUACCUGAUCCGCGGCGACAAUGUGGUGAUUUGCGGCGAGGUGGAUGAGGCGAUUGAUGCUGAUAUUGACUGGUCUAAGGUUAAGGGGGAGGUUAUUAGGAGUACUAAGAAUAUAUGA